AUGGCUUCUUCAACGUAUUCGCUGUCCUUUCUUCUUCUUCUAAUGCUAAUUUUCCAAAGUGUUAAACACUGUUCAUCUAUAUCGUUCUCUCUCUCCGUCGAAAAACCCGAAGAAGAGGUCAUAGUGUCAUCACCAAAAGGGACAUUCACGGCGGGCUUUUAUGCCGUAGGCCAAAAUGCAUAUUCCUUCGCCAUAUGGUUCACCCAAACACACCCUAACCAAAACGUCGUUGUCGUUUGGAUGGCCAACCGGGACCAACCGGUGAACGGAAAACGCUCCAAACUUACGCUUCUGAAAACGGGGAACCUCGUAUUAACCGACGCCGGGCAGUCCAACGUUUGGUCCACAAACACGGCCUCGUUCAAACCACUGGAGUUGCAUUUACACGACACCGGCAAUUUAGUUCUCCGAGAAAGUGAUUCCUUAUCCAUUCUGUGGCAAAGCUUCGAUUUCCCAACGGACACACUUCUUGCGGGUCAAAUCCUGAGGAAGAACACGAACCUGGUUUCCUCAAGAAGCGAAAGUAACUAUUCGUCUGGUUUCUACAAGCUCUUCUUCGACUUUGAGAACGUUCUCCGUCUUCUUUACCAAGGCUCUCGCGUUUCAAGCGUUUACUGGCCAGACCCUUGGCUUCAGAGCAAUGACUUUGGUAGAUCCACUUACAACGAUAGUAGGGUUGUUGUACUAGAAGCUUCGGGGAACUUGGUUUCUUCCGAUAACUUCACAUUCAGAACUUGUGAUUAUAAGACGGUGCUCCAACGAAGGUUGACCCUUCAUCAUGACGGAAUCGUUCGUGUGUAUAGUAGGAAAGAUGGUGAAGAGAAGUGGUCAGUCUCGGGGCAGUUUCGGUCACAACCAUGUAUGGUUCAUGGGAUUUGUGGACCCAAUAGUGUUUGUAGUUAUGAUCCAAGAAGGGGUAGAAAGUGUUCGUGCAUUCCAGGGUAUAGUUGGAUCAAUAAGCAAGAUUGGUCUGAAGGUUGUAAAGCAAAUUUUCCACUUUGGUGCAACAUCAACAAGACCCUGCAUGAGUAUGAGUCUCGCUUCUUACAUUUACCCAAAGUCGACUUUUAUGGAUAUGACUAUGGUUUCUUUAGAAAUCACACCUUUGAGCAGUGUAAGAAUCUAUGCUUGAGCUUGUGUCAGUGCAAAGGUUUCCAACACUCCUUUUCGGAGGAAAAUGGUGUCUUUCAGUGCUAUCCAAAGACACAGUUGCUAAAUGGGCGUGGUGGUCAUAGUACGGGAUCAAUCUUCUUGCGAUUGCCUUUGUCUUAUGACUAUGAGAGUCCCACACAAGAUGAUGAUGGUAAGGGCUUGGCUUGUUUGACAAAUGAUGGAGGAGUGAGACAGUUGGAAAGAUCAUAUGUCAAAGGAAAAGAAAAUGGGUCUGUGAACGUCAUGCUUUGGUUCGCAAGUGGCUUGGGAGGGGUUGAAAUACUGUGCAUCUUUCUGGUGUGGUGUUUCUUGUUUAGGAAUAACAAGAAGCUACAAGUGGGUGUAGAGAAACAAGGGUAUGCUCUUGCUGCAGCAACGGGAUUUCAGAAAUUUACUUACUCUGAGCUGAAACAAGCUACGAGAGGUUUCAGUCAAGAGAUUGGAAGGGGUGGUGGAGGAAUUGUAUAUAAGGGUGUGUUAUCUGAUAAUCGUGUUGUAGCGAUAAAGAGGCUGCAUGAAGUGGCAAACCAAGGAGAAACUGAGUUUUUGGCUGAAGUGAGCAUCAUCGGAAGGCUUAACCACAUGAACUUGAUUGACAUGUGGGGGUAUUGUGCCGAGGGAAAGCACAGAUUGUUGGUUUAUGAGUACAUGGAAAAUGGUUCUUUAGCUGAGAAUCUCUCGUCAAAUUCAAGUGCACUUGAUUGCGUUAAGAGGUAUAACAUUGCUCUGGGUACUGCAAGGGGUCUUGCCUAUUUGCAUGAAGAGUGUUUGGAGUGGAUUUUGCAUUGUGAUAUUAAGCCACAGAACAUACUUCUUGACUCUGAUUAUCAACCCAAGGUGGCAGAUUUUGGCUUGUCUAAGCUACUAAAUAGGAACAACCUCAACAAUUCAAGCUUCUCAAGGAUAAGAGGAACAAGGGGUUACAUGGCACCGGAAUGGGUUUUCAACUUGCCCAUCACUUCCAAGGUGGAUGUUUAUAGCUAUGGAAUUGUCGUCUUGGAAAUGAUAACCGGAAAAAGCCCAACAACGGGUGUCCAGAUCACAGAAAUAGGAACAGAAUCACAUCAUCACGAGAGGUUGGUGACAUGGGUGAGGGAUAAAAGGAGAACAGGAUCAGAAAUGGCAUCAUCUUGGGUGGAUCAAAUCGUUGACCCUGCUUUGGGAUCAAAUUAUGAUGUGAAUAAGAUGGAGAUAUUGGCAACUGUGGCUUUGGAAUGUGUAGAGGAACAGAAAGACGAGAGACCCAGCAUGAGUCAAGUUGCUGAGAGGCUUCAAAGUCACGAACAUGACUCUUGA